AUGCUUCCGCCAGCCCAGCUUGGUGUAAUGAAGCUCAAGUCCAAGUUUACUUUCAUCGAUGUCGAGGAGCAGUCGCCGAGUCUCAAGCGUUGCGCGAGCACGCCGGCAAUGUCGACGGAUCCUGGCAACACGGCUCACUGCGAGGACGACUACUUGGCAGGGCUCCUGGACGAGGCCAGGCUCUCACUCCCACUUGCCAUCCCACGCAGGGCUCUGGGGGAAAACUCAGGUGACAUCGCCUUUACCCCAACACCGGCACUGCAAAGCAUUGAAGUGGCUUGUCACCAAGACUCAGAUGUCGCCGGGAGCCUCGGGCAUCCCUAUUUCUGCCGCCGGCCUUGCCUUUUCCUGGCAUUGGGCACGUGCCGAAAUGGAAUGGCUUGCAAGUACUGCCAUCAUGCCCACGACAACGACAAGCCGCAGUCAUUUUCGAAGCGCACUCGUGAGAGGAUGAAUCGCAUGAAGGGCUCCGAGAAGCUGCGGUUGCUUCGUGAUAGCUUGCGCCAAAAGGUGCAGAAAGUUCCGGAGUUAGCUUCGCAGGUGACGGGUCUUGUGGAUGUCAUUGAGGAAGGGCUAUGUCACGAAGCCCAAGAGUCGUCAGGAUCCACGGGCUCGCGACUUCACGAGAAGGUCGCUGUCAUGUCCGUGUCUGCCAUGCUGGGUGACAUGUUCACCCUGAGCAUUGAGCCGGACAUUCGACGUCGCCUACAGGAAGAGCUCCAACGUCUCCGCAUCAAAGCCUGCCUUGACGCCUGA